AUGGCUUCCGACGAUCCAUUCAAUAGCAACAGCAAUAAUCUCGAUGAAAACACAACAAAUAAUUUCUACAAUUUCAAUGAUGAAGAUCCAGCCGCUGAAUUCAUUCAGCGUGAACAACUUGAGCUAGGUGAUAUCACUGGUCAAGAAAACAGCAAUCCGUUCAUGACGCAACUGUCAAACAAUGCUCUUUUGACGAAUGGUAGUCAUUCACCGACGAUGAAUCAAGGUGCGAAUGCAUCACCAACUCCGUCGAGUGGUUCACAGUAUCAGGCUUUAUCGGAAUUAAAUGAACCUGAAACGAUCCGAAAAUGGCGAGAAGAAUUCGCUGCACGUAUCGAAAAAAAAGAUACCGAAGAAGAAGUAAAGCGCAAAGAAAUGCGCGAACAAGCCAAAAAAGAAUUAGAAGAAUUCCAUAAACAACGUGUCGAACAACUAGAACGUACGAAAGGACAAAAUCGUACGAAUAAUCGUGCAUUCGAAGAUGAUCUCUUGAACAAUGGUAAAAGCUCCAGCACAUCCAAUGGCAAAGUUAGUGAUUGGGACAAAAUCACCAGUUUAUGCGAAUUCAAUCCGAAAACAAAUCGUUCACAAAAAGAUCUGACACGCUAUCGAAGCGUUCUACUCCAAUUAAAACAACAGCAAACCUCCGGAAAAUAA